AUGACAACUAGAUUUGGUAACUCUGAUAUCCACUUCAACAAAGAGGUUGAUGAAAUUGACGAAGAUGGUGUUUUGGUGAUCAACAGACACAACAGAGCACAAGCCAAAUUCCCAGACUUUUUGCCGACUUGGGAUCCAAGACAAAAAUAUCCACCAUUGAAAUUUGAAAAGUAUAUUGAUCCUGGUUCUAGAGCAGACCCAUCUUUCCCAAACUUGUUUCCCAAAGAUGGCGAUUACAAAGUUACUAGAAUUACACCUAAAUUUGGUACUGAAGUUGAUGGGAUUCAAUUGUCACAAUUGAACGAUGCUGCAAAGGAUGAAUUGGCCUUGUACUUGGCACAAAGAAAAGUUUUGUUAUUCAAUGACCAAGAUUUUGCAGACAAGGGGCCAGGUUUUGCCGUUGGAUUUGGGAAAUACUUUGGAAAUUUGCACAUUCACCCAAGUUCAGGUUCACCAAGAGGUCACCCAGAGUUGCACAUUACCUACAGAAGACCAGAAAAGGGUGAGUUAGAAAGAGUCUUCCGUGAUAGAACUACAAACACGGCCUUCCACAGUGAUGUCACUUACGAAAUUACUCCAAGUAGAUUCACUAUCUUCCAAGUGUUGGAGAGUGGUGAUGGUGGUGAUACCGUUUUCGCUGAUACAACCGAGGCUUAUAGAAGAUUGUCACCAGCUAUGAAGGAAAGAUUGGAAGGUUUGCAUGUGUUGCACACAAGUGAAGACCAAGCUGCUAACUCUACUUACCAAGGUGGUGUUGAAAGAAGAAAAGCUGUAUCCAACAUUCAUCCAUUGAUUAGAGUUGAUCCUGUGACUAAAGAAAAGUCCAUCUAUGUCAACAGAGCUUUCGGAAGAAGAAUUGUUGAAUUGAAGAAAGAAGAGAGUGAGUACUUAUUGAACUUCCUCUACGACCUCAUUGAAAGAAGUCAUGAUUUACAAUUGAGAGUCAAUUGGGAAGGAGGAAAGAGAAACAAAGUUGCUUUGUUCCACAACAGUGGAGUUUCACACACUGCAACAUUCGAUACCGAAGAUGGUGAAGUUAGACACGCUUACAGGAUUAGUGUGUUGGGCGAACGUCCGAUUGGAAAGCUCGAGGACUUGAACAAGGAAGAAUACACCACUGGUGACUUGGAGCAAGCUUUGAGAGCCAUCAAGCCAACAUAG